AUGGCGACCAACAAACGCAGUCCAACUCCCGACAACCUCGCAGCCGAGGAUCCAGACACGGCAGCUACGCGGAAAGAAUUGCGCCAGACAGCCAUAUCCGAGAGACCCAAUCUGUCUGCCAUGGCCGCGACCGACCCCGACCCCAAGGCAUCUGCGCCCAAGACCGCCUCGAGCGAAGAUAAGGCACCUGGCGAGGCCUCCACACCCGAUCGCGAGUCCGCAGAGGCACCGAGCGAUAGCGUCAAAGAGCAGGUGGCGUCUCCUAAGAAGAAACGCGCACACGACGAGGUCGACGAGCAAAGAGAUUCUACUGCUGGCACGAAUGGCGACGUCUCCCCGCUCCCCGCGAAUGGUAGCGCGCUAAGCCGAACCAAUCGCUCCGAACCGGAAAAGAAACGCCCUCGUGAUGUUUCGAGCGAAUCCAAGGCCGACACCGCGGCGCCCGCUACCUUGUCCGAUUCCAAAGAGACCCCCAAGACCGGCGACAAGGAAGGCGAAUCAGCUAUAGAGAAAUCCACCGAGACGGCUUCCGAGAAGGAUGAGAAGGUGACAUCCGAGACGGCUUUCAAGAGCUCGGGCAUAUCCGGAUUUGCUACACAGUCAUCUCCCUUCCUACAAGCUGGUGGCACCAAGCCGCUCUCUUCGUUCGCCAGCGCCUCGGGAUCGCAAUCGCCAUUCGGUCUCACAUCUUCGGCUUCUUCUACAGGCUCUGUUUUUGGCCAAGGCGCCAGCAGCAGUCUCGCCAACGGCUCAUCCUCCCCAUUUGGCCAGAUGGGUGGAUCAUCUAAGCCGUUUGGAAGUAGUGCCUUGGGUGGGACUUUUGGCAGUAGCGUUGGUGGAUCGAAGCUCUCAAAUUUCGGCAAACCUGGCGAGUCAUUCAAGAGCAGCAAGCCAGCGAGGCCCUUUGGAGCGCCUGUCAGCGAGGAAGAAGACAACGACGACGGCGACGAAGAAGGCACCUCGGACAACGAUAAAGAAGACAACGAGAACAAGGACGGCGAAGACGAGAAGUCGGUGGUUGGCGAUGACAAGAAGAAGACGAAGCUUCAGCGAGUGGCUGUUGAUGACGGUGAGGCUGGCGAGGUUACUAUCUUCCAAGCCCGUGCAAAGUUGUACAACCUCGACAAAGCGAGCAGUGCAUGGAAGGAACGAGGCGCCGGAAACCUGAAGAUUAACGUCCCCAUACCUUGUGUGGACAUCAAUGAAGACACAGGAGGCCCUAUCCCGGGAAGCUUCGACGCAUCUACUCUUGAGGAUUCCGAACCGAAGGUCGUUCGACUGAUCAUGCGACAAGACUCCACCCAUCGCGUGAUUCUCAACACCGUGUUGAUUCCCGCGAUGAAGUUCCAAGAAAAGUCCACCGUCAAGGCUACCUGUGUCCUCUUCACCGCAAUUGAAGAUGGAGGAGCGGUUAGUAUACAGAUGAAGAUGAGCCCAGCGAAUGCUAAGAGCUUCCUGAACGAAGUUGGAAAGGUCCAGCGUGAACUUCAGUCGGCUGCCACCAAGGCGGCUCCGUCUGCUCCGAAAGCUCCACAAGAACCACCCCGCAUUCUGCGCGACUAUCUAACCGCCUCAAUCUCUAGAGAUGAUGAUGGUGGAGAGCCGUCCAACGAAAUUGAUUCUCAUAACUCCAGCCCGAGAAGCCCGGGUUCGCCAGGUUCUGCCGCCAAGCGAAAGGCUGACAAGGACGAGGUCAAGGAUUCAGCCAUGCGCACUUCGAAGAGGAAUAGAGCUUCGUCAUCCUUUUAG